AAUCAGCGUCGAGCACUGCCGAGCGCUGAUUGGUGGAUUUUCCGCUAGCGCGUGAGUGCUGCUCGCGGAACAAGAGUUCGUCGACAAUCCUCCACAAACGUCUGUCACCACUUUUCGUAAUGCUAAACAGCCGGAGCGUACCCCCCUGGUACAGCCAAUCAUUUACUUGUCGUACAACAAUUUCUCAGCUGGAAUGUUCCGAUGUUUACUAAUAACUGUUCCAGAAGUUUAUUGGUAUCAUUACAAGAAUGACGCGUGAAACGCAGAUGAUGAAACGCAGAAAACGCAGAAGCGUAAGUAAUUUUCUUCAAGGGAAGAACUACCGUGACCGUUUGACAUUGCGUUAGACAAUAAUUUCAAUAAUAAGAAGAGGAAACCCCUUUCAUGUCCCUCAUCGGCGCAUGAACGAACACAAGUCACGGAAACUCAUCGACAGAAAGACAUGCAGCUACAUCCAUCCAUCAACCCCAACAAACAACCAAAUGUAUGAGAGACCAUGCAUAACGAUACAACAGUGUGUACCAAUCAACGUUUGGCGUGCGCAUAGGUCGACGCCGGCCGGGCGGGGUGGGUCACCAUACGUCACAUCGACCAGGCGACCACUGCGUGGCGCUCUACUGCUGCCCCAGGUGGGAGUCCAGUGUGGCGGUGCUGCCCGCCCGCUCGGGCAGCCGCGAAGAUGGUGCUUCACUGGCGGAGACUGGUCGGCCUGCUGUGCUGCACGGUCAGCGUGCUGUCCGCGGCCACCACCGCCAACAGCACUGUCUGCGAGCGGCCGCCGCCCGACCAGCUGAUUCCCGCUGACUACGACCGACGCGUGGCACCCUUCUCCGGCGACCAGGCGCUGCCGGUUCACCUCUCCGUCUGGGUAGUGGCCGUCACCUCAGUCAGCGAGCUACAGUCGGAUUUCUCCGUGGCGCUCUACCUGCGGCUGAAGUGGCGCGAUCCGCGUAUCGUGUUCCCCACCUGUCUGCGCCGGCCGUUUCUGCUGAUCGAAACGGGCGAGAUUGAUCGACUCUGGCUGCCCGAUGUGUAUUUUGUGCAUGACAAAAAGUCGUCCAGGCAUAUGGUGGUGCGGCGAAACGCGGCACUGCGGUUGAACCGAGAGAACUCGACGCUCUACUUCUCUGAGAGACUGACGCUGACACUGCGCUGCAGCUUCGACUUCGAGCUGUUUCCCAUGGACACGCAGGUCUGCGAAAUGAUCAUGGAGCCAUACGCCUACGACAAGCAGUUCAUGGACCUGCGCUUCGAGAAUCCGGGCAUCUACUUCAACAACUUCAAGGCGCGCAUCGCUCAGUUUCAGCUACUGCGCGUGCUGCCAGGUAACUGCAGUUAUACCUAUCUCUACCAGGGAACGCAGCUUCGCCAGAGCUGCCUGCGGGCCGUCUUCUUCUUUCAGCGUGCCUUCAACUACUACCUUCUGCAGAUGUACGUGCCGUCGAUGCUGAUUGUGGCCAUCAGCUUCCUGGGUUUCUGGGUGCCGGUGAACCUGGUGCCGGGUCGGAUCGCGCUCUCCAUCACCACGCUGCUGACGCUGGCCACGCAGUCGCAGACGGUGCAGCGCCAGCUGCCACCCGUCUCCUACAUGAAGGCCAGCGACGUGUGGAUGUUCGCCUGCAUCCUGGCCGUGUUCGCCACCCUGGUGGAGUUCACGCUGUCGUACCGACACUACGACCGGCGCCUGGUCAGCGAACAGAGCGCCGUGCUGCCGCUGGGCCAGCCGCGCCGCGAGCAGCGCUCCCUGCACGGCGGCUCCAGUCUCCGGCGCCGCCUGACACUCGCGUCCCGGUCACCCCACUUUGUCGACAACGUGUCCAAGAUAUUGUUCCCGGUCUCGUUUGUUUUGUUCAACAUCAUUUAUUGGCUUUAUUUUACGGCUAGCCAAAAGAAGAAGCAUCUCGAAAAGAUGAAGUAUAUUGCGUAAGCGCUUGUGAAAAGUUGACAGCUCAGGAGAGCAGUGCACAAAUAUCACGAAGUUAUAUUUGUGAUAUUUGUGUUAUCACGAACCUAGUUACGGCAUACGUCAUCAUUGCCGUCAUAGGCACUUUUCUGCGCAGUUAUUAAUGGCCGUUCCGAUUUGGAUUUCCCGGUUAAAACUUGCAACUUGGUUUUAAUUUAUCUCGAUUUUUGAAUUGAUCGUAUUUGCUAGGCCAAAAAACAACUUAUAACUAAAUUAAGUGUGCUGAUCAAAAAUUUAAUGCAUUCUUAUAUCAUCGAACAAGCAAUAUUACGGAUACGUUGUAAUACGAUCGUUGAACCCCAAAUCAAUGUUGUAUGGGCGAAAAGAAAACAAAAAGAAAAAGGACGAAAAGAAAAAGAAAAACAAAACAAAAAGAAAACU